AUGUCCAAGCCGAUACGCCUGCUGGCGGGCGCGACAAUGGCCUUGUUCUUCUUCCUGGUCUGGCAGAUUGUGAGGAGUCCGCGGGUGGUGCAGGCGCCGGGAGGGAGGGAAAAGAUCGAUGAUAUGGUGAGGGAUCCGAAUUUGGAUCCUACCGGAGAGCCGCCUGAACCGCUGCACCGAGUGACUGGGAACAACUACGCACCGAACAACCCCAAUUCAGAUCGCAUAAACGCAACAUUACUAUCGUUGGUGAGAAACAGCGAACUGGAGCAAAUAGUGGGAAGCAUGCAGGAGCUGGAACGAACGUGGAAUCACAAGUUCAACUACCCAUGGACUUUCUUCAACGACGAGCCCUUCACGGAGGAGUUCAAAAAAGUGACACGAGCGAACACCAACGCCGAAUGCAGAUACGAACUGAUCCCAAAAGAGCACUGGGAGAUACCAUCAUGGAUCAACAGGGACUUGAUGAAAGAGAGCGCGAGGAUAUUGGAGGAGCAGAACAUCCAGUACGCAAGCAUGGAGUCAUACCAUCAGAUGUGCAGGUGGAACAGCGGUCUGUUCUACAAGCAUCCGGCUUUGAAGAACGUCCAGUACUAUUGGCGAGUAGAGCCGCACGUCAACUUCUACUGCGACGUGGACUACGACGUAUUCCGGUACAUGCGAGACCACAACAAAACCUACGGCUUCACCAUCAACAUCUACGACUCGCCGCAAUCGAUCCCAACCCUCUGGCCCGAAACGGUCAAGUUCCUCGCCGCCAACAACCAAUACCUCUCCAAGAGCAACGCCAUGGGUUGGCUCACCGACAGCGAACGCCGACCCGAACACAACCAAAUCGCCCACGGCUACAGCACCUGCCACUUCUGGUCCAACUUCGAAAUUGCCGACAUGAACUUCUGGCGCUCCCCGGCCUACGAAGCCUACUUCGAGCACCUCGACCGCGCCGGCGGCUUCUUCUACGAACGAUGGGGUGACGCUCCCGUCCACUCCAUCGCCCUCGGGCUCUUCGAAGACGUCAGCAAAAUCCACUGGUUCAAGGAUAUCGGCUAUCGACAUAUCCCCUUCUUCAACUGUCCCAACUCGCCCAAGUGCAAGAAAUGCACGGCGGGCAAGUUCUUCGAUGGCGCGGAUUGGCUCAAGAAGGAGGACUGUCGGCCGAGCUGGUUCAAGUAUGUGGGUAACGAGUGGAGCUUGAACGGCGGAGAGUCUUCAAGCUAG